AGGAGCGGCGGCCAUUUUCCCCUGGUCUGAGCUCCGCCUUCCUUCUAUCAAUCCCACAAAGCAGCAGGAGCAGAGAGCAGCCAUUGCUGUGUCUGGCAGCAGACAAUCCAGCUGUGAGGAGCGAGAGGUGUUAUUACAAGGAGCACUCAGAAUGGAAAAGGACAAGAAUCACAAGACUGAUUUGAUAAUAAAUCUCACUCUGGAAAUCAUCUACCUGCUGACUGGGGAGGGUUACACAGUAGUGAAGAAGACAUCCAAUGAGUGUGAGACACCCAUCAGCCAUCUCUGUGUGUCAGGAGGACUGAGGAGGACCCAGAGCCCCAUCACGGUGCCUCCACCUCACUCACUGAUACAUGAGAGACACAAUGACCAGAAGAUCCUGAAACUCACCAACAAGAUCAUUCAGCUGCUGACUGGAGAGGAGGAGGAGUAUAUAGAGGAACACAGGGGUCUGUACAAGGACGUGAUGAUGGAGAAUCACUGGCCCCUCACAUCACUGGAUGGGCCCAGUAACAGAGAUACCCCAGAGAGAUGUCCCCGUCCUCUGUAUUCCCAGGAUUGUACAGAGGAGAAUCACAGGACCCCACAGGAGGAUCAGGGUGAACAGCUGACUGAUAGAAAAAUAAAUGAUAUAGACAGAGAAGAAGAGACGUAUGUGACUGAUAUGAAGGCAGAAGCUAUAGAGGGAGAAGAAGAGACGUAUGUGACUGAUAUAAAGGCAGAAGAUAUAGAGGGAGAAGAGACGUAUGUGACUGAUGUGAAGGCAGAAGAUAUAGAGGGAGAAGAAGAGACGUAUGUGACUGAUAUGAAGGCAGAAGAUAUAGAGGGAGAAGAAGAGACGUAUGUGACUGAUAUGAAGGCAGAAGCUAUAGAGGGAGAAGAAGAGACGUAUGUGACUGAUAUAAAGGCAGAAGAUAUAGAGGGAGAAGAGACGUAUGUGACUGACAUGAAGGCAGAAGAUAUAGAGGGAGAAGAAGAGACGUAUGUGACUGAUAUGAAGGCAGAAGAUAUAGAGGGAGAAGAAGAGACGUAUGUGACUGAUAUGAAGGCAGAAGAUACAGAGGGAGAAGAAGAGACGUAUGUGACUGAUAUGAAGGCAGAAGAUAUAGAGGGAGAAGAAGAGACGUAUGUGACUGAUAUGAAGGCAGAAGAUAUAGAGGGAGAAGAAGAGACGUAUGUGACUGAUAUGAAGGCAGAAGGUAUAGAGGGAGAAGAGACGUAUUUGACUGAUAUGAAGGCAGAAGCUAUAGAGGGAGAAGAAGAGACGUAUGUGACUGAUAUGAAGGCAGAAGAUAUAGAGGGAGAAGAAGAGACGUAUGUGGCUGAUAUGAAGGCAGAAGAUACAGAGGGAGAAGAAGAGACGUAUGUAAGGGGUGAUCAGCAGUGUAAGGAGGAGGAGAUCCCUACAGACAUCAGCACAGAUGAACACACAAGCAGGAAUAUCUCAGAAGGACAUCUAAUGUUAUCCCCGGACUGUGAAAUAAAAGAUGAUGACAGUAUACAGGAUUCUCCAGGAGAUAACCCCAUUACCCCAAUUAUACAUCCAGCUCUAUCAUCUGAUCCCUCUGAUCCUGGGAAAUAUUCUCCUGAUCACUCUGAUAUUGGAGCAUCUGUUACAGCUCUGAUAGUAGAUACAGUGUUUCCCUGUUCUAUAGAUGCCAAAUGUUUUACACAGAACACAAACCUUAUUACCCAUCAACCAGCUAAGGCAGAUGAGAGGCCAUUUCCAUGUUCUGAGUGUGGGAAAUGUUUUACAUGGAAAUCAGCUCUUGUUAGACAUCAGAAAAGUCACACAGGUGAUAAUACAUUUCCAUGUUCUAACUGCGGGAAAUGUUUUACAUGGAAAUCAGCUCUUGUUAGACAUCAGAAAAGUCACACAGGUGAUAAUACAUUUCCAUGUUCUGAGUGUGGGAAUUGUUUUACCGAGAAAUCACAACUUGUUAUACAUCAGAGAAGUCACACAGGUGAGAAUACAUUUACAUGUUCUGAGUGUGAGAAAUGUUUUGCUUGCAAAUCAGCUCUUGUUACACAUCAGAGAAGUCACACAGGUGAGAAGCCGUUUACAUGUUCUGAGUGUGAGAAAUGUUUUGCACAAAAAUCAAAUCUUGUUGCACAUCAGAGAAUUCACACAGGUGAGAAGCCAUUUUCUUGCUCUGAGUGUGGGAAAAGUUUUACAUACAAUUCAGCUCUUGUUAGACAUCAGAGAAUUCACACAGGUGAGAAGCCAUUUUCUUGCUCUGAGUGUGGGAAAUGUUUUUUACAUAAUUCACAUUUUGUUACACAUCAGAGAAUUCACACAGGUGAGAAGCCAUUUUCUUGCUCUGAGUGUGGGAAAUGUUUUGCACAGAAAUCACAACUUGUUGCACAUCAGAGAAGUCACACAGGUGAGAAGCCAUUUUCUUGUUCUGAUUGUGGGAAAUGUUUUACUCAUAAUUUUAAACUUGUUGCACAUCAGAGAAGUGACACAGGUGAGAGGUCAUUUCCAUGUUCUGAGAAAUAAGCUCUUGUCGCACACAAUAGACAUCACUCAGGUUAGGAACCAUUUUAUUCUUGAGUAUACUUAUCAUUGCCAUGUAACGUUCUUCAAGGUUCUUAUCCUAUCUCCCAUGCUUUUUGCAAUAUAUAUGCUACCGCAGGGUGAAGCAAUCAGACGUCAUGUCCUCGUUUACCACUGCUAUGCCGAUGAAUUGUCUUUUGCUCUGAGUACUGAACCCAAUACCAAUCCUAAAUGUCUAGCUGAGCUCCAGGUGUGGGGGAUGCCAGUUGGCUGUGACUCAGUCCUGGUGAAACAGUUCCUUAUGAUAGCUCACCAACAAAGGGCAGGGCUACAGCUCAGCUUUGCCUACCAACCAGACUUACACUUGGGGGUUCAGAGUUACAAAAUGCUUAUCCGGUGUGGAAUCUUGGUGUCCUGGAUGGUGGAGUGACACUUAGAUAUCAGAUAACAGCCACAAUCAGAUCCUCAUCUGAGGAACAUAGCCAGACUCAAGCACUUGAUUCCCUCAGAAGAAUGACCUACAGUCAAUACAUGCAUUUGUAUCAUCACACAUAGGCCUCUGUAAUAUCCUCUACCUGGGUCUCCCAGUAAAACAAUUGCACCACUUGUAGCUUGUACAGAAUCCAGCAGCCAGGCUUUUAGCUAAUCAGCCUGUUCCUGCCACAAAAUGCCCAUUCUCUGCUCCCUCCACCGGCUGCCUGUAAGAUAGUGACUGUACUACAUAAUCUGCUUACUGAUGUCACGAUCCGGGUAUCUGGACGCCAUUACUUACCCUUCAGAUGCCUCCUAAGGCGGGCUCAGCGUUCCAGGACCGGAUUCCGCUGUUCCUGAGUUUCCACAUGCAGAGUGUCAGAGUGGUGUUUUCAUCAGCCGCGGCCUCCGCUGUGCCCGCGUGGUUAAAUGUGCAUCUAUCAGCCUGGCGUCUCCGGUGGCCGGCGCCGCCAUUACUGUUUCCCAGACCACAUGGAUUACAAACCAAACUUCCCUCCAAGUGUCUGCAUGGGCGCAGCCAUCUUGGAUUUUGUCAUCUGAUCAUUUCCACCAAUCUGCUGUCUGUAUUGUUGUUUUGCAUAAUUG